CGGACGAAUGGAAACCGCCGGCAUCGGAUUGAAGCUUCUUCUCAGUUUUUCUUUUUGUUGAUGGCCAUUACUGGGGAGUUGAGUGAGUCACGGCUGACUGGCGGCAGAGGUUGAAUUAAUGUUGAGUGACCAACCGCCUAAGAGGUGGAUUCCUCCGACCGUCGGGGGUUCGAGCAGGCCCCAAGGUGAUCCUUCCAUCGCAUCGUUUACCCGCCGAAAACGUCGUCCUUUGACGAGAAAUGGGCCACCCGGCCCAUCGUUGGUCCGGCUCGCGUCUCCGCUAUUGGCACCCUUUGGGACUGUUAGGGCCUCUGCUAGUCUUUUGGGCCUUGGCGAUUUUUAUCAAUCGCUCGGCGAUCGCCCCCGACGCCUCGCCAUCCAAGCAGCUCGUCCCUUGCGUUCCCUCUUUUCUUCGCUUAUUCCCCUCAUCGCUGGCUCCAAUUGACUCGGGCUUCUUCCUGUCUUCUCCAACAUCCAUCAUGGCCGUCUCUGUCCAAGGCUGAUCACUGCCGUCUUUAUACUUCCCCUCCCACCGUUGAAUUGCCACGAAGUCCUGCCAGUGCGGGGUUGGCAGCUGUAUCUAGCGCAAUCCUUAUC